AUGGCUCCUUCCAUUCGGGCGCUGCUGGCCUCUCAGACCAACGAGCAUUCGCACAAAUUAUUGAUCCCCCGAGCACAAGCCCGGGUGCGAACCUUAAACGCUCGAUCCCGCACAUCGCAAGCCUGUGACGGGUGUCGAAAGCGCAAAGCUAAGUGCAAUGGGACGAAGCCGACGUGCAGCCACUGUGAAGGACUGGCAAUCGAGUGCACGUACUCAGAACAGAGACGUUCUAGAGAAAGGAAGGAGUUGGAUGAAUUAAGGUGCAUAAUAAAAGGCCAUGAAUACAUGAUACGAUCAAUCAUUUCCCGAUCGUUCAAUUCCUUGCCAUCCACCGUUGCAGAACCUUCAGGCUGGCUUGCGCAACAGAAUUUCGCGCAGGUCCCACGAGCCUCUCGUACAGUGACACAGCAGAAUGGUCUAGAAGGUUUGGGCAAUGCGCUGCAAGUACUACAGGACCGACUCUACGAGCUGCAUCGGAUCUAUGAAGCCAUCCAUGACUGUGAUCUGGAGAAACUGCCAUCCGUGAUAAAUACCAUCCGCCACAGCAUAUCGGCCCAUGACGCCGCGACACGCCUGGUUAGACAAGUUCCAGAACAGCGACCUGUCAUCAGCCUGGAAAAUAUGCAGCAGGUCUGGAUAACCCAAUUAUCAGGCCAAGCACAGAUGGUCGAACGGCAGCCCCCCUACAGCGUCAACGCGAUUGGGUUGUGGUCGGACCAGGUCGAUAACACCACCGCAUCGCAUCUGUUCUCCUUAUUCUUCGUCUGGGAGAAUCCCACGUGGCGAUUGAUCGAGCCUAGCUUGUUCCUUAACCAUUUCCAUCGCGGAGAGACUGGCUUCUGCUCCUCUUUGUUGGUCCAUGUUAUCCUCUUCUAUGCAUGUCAUUUCUCAUACAACCUGGCAAAACCCUGGGACCGUCGCAGAGAGACGGAGGUUGCCAAACUGCUUCUCACGGUUGUUGAGAAGUACUGGCGCCGGGAUAAGAACAGAAUCUGCCUCCCUACUAUGCAGUCAAGCUUACUCCUCGGACUGUUCUUUUGCGCCAUGGGUAGGGACAAAAUUGGGGUUCGUUAUAUCCAAUAUGGCGCGCUGAUGGCGUUGCAGCUCGGUCUCCAUACUUCAUCAGCAGAGACUUUCCGUGCGCACUGUGAGACGGAUGCGGAGUCAAACUUGCGAGCACAUAAGAUUACCGCUUGUGCAGUCUAUGACAUUGAGUUAAUAUCGGCCCAAGUGUCUGGAAGGCCAUCCGUUUGGUCGCAGCCCCCGGAAAUAUUCAUAGACGAAGGCGAAGCACGCGAUGGGGAUCUCAAUGAACAGUGGACUCCAUACCCUUUUACCACCCCCCUGUACAGGCCAUACACGAACACAAGCACGUGGGCUCGUCGUACUUUCCUCAUCAUCGUCAACGAUGUGGUUCAGCUGUCCUCCCAGUCGGGCAUCCCAACCGACCCGCACCGUUGGGAAAGGGCUGCCAUACUCUACCAGAGACUCGAUACCUUCAAGAAGACUCUUCCAGCCGUUUUGGAAGUUGAAAAAAACAGAUUGCCACAUAACAUUUGUCUACACCUCUACUACUACACAACGGUCGUCAACCUCUGUGGGAUGUUCAGAGCUGGUCCACACAGUCUAAUAGAAAGUGGUUCAACCAGAUCAAUAAACUUCAACCCCAAUAAGAUUCUGGAGGAAGCCAUGGAGUCGAUGGGAACACUCAUAUUGUUAUACCGCGCUUGUCAUGGCUGGAAAUCCAUCCCCGUGGUUAUGAUGCACUACUUUCUCGUCGUCGGCGUUCACGCCGCCUCGCGUUUGGAGUGUGAGAAAUGGCGCGAGAUACUGGUGAGUUGUGUGGCGGGUCUCUGGCACAUGAGCCUGGUAUGGCGGCUCUGCCGUGCCUUUCUGCGGACUUUUGAGCUGGUACUCUCAAGCGUGGCUCCUGAACUGGUUCCAGAAGAGGUACGAUCGAUCUUGGAUGAGCAUCAUGCGAAGUUCUGGACCCGGGGAGAGCUUGAAUCGCUGGCAGCCAACUACGUUGUCCAUCAUUACCCCAAACGGCAACUUGAGGAAGGUAACAGCGGCAGUGGCUGUUUCCAUGGCGAGCGUCUGGAACAUGUCAUUAGGGGGUUUGGUUGAGAUAUUACCGAUGAGAAUAAGGUAUGACGAAGUAGAGCCACCUUGAAUUCCUUUUAGUAGAGGUGAGUGGGGAAACGAGUCAUUUGGGAACUGUGAACCGGUUCGGGCUGGCAUCGAUGCUUGGCU